AUGUAUAAUCUUAUUGAGAUUGAACCUUCCAGUGUUGAGGAAGCCUCAAAACAACAAGUAUGGAAAGAUGCUAUGGAUGAAGAACAUCAAUCCAUUAUUAAGAAUGACGUUUGGGAUAUUGUUCCUAGACUUGAGGGGAAGUUAGUUGUAUCAUCUAAAUGGCUAUACAAGAUUAAGCAUGCAGCUGAUGUGAGCAUUGAGAAGUUCAAUGCUAGAUUUGUGGUUCGUGGUUUCUCUCAGAAAGAAGGAAUAGACUAUGAGGAAACAUUUUCUCUUGUUGCUCGAUAUACUUCUAUCGGGACCAUCAUUGCUAUUGCAGCAACUAAGGGAUGUAAGCUACAUUAG